AUGUCCGUCGAAAUCGACCCGCUGGAGCUUGGGUUCCGUAGACCCUUUACCGUCGAGGUUUCGCAGGUUCUCAAAAUCAAGAACCCCAACACCGCGCCGGUUGCUUUCAAGGUCAAAACCACAGCUCCCAAGCAGUACUGCGUCCGGCCGAACUCUGGCCGCAUCGAGCCCGGACAUGAAGUCGAGGUGUCUGUGCUCUUGCAAGCGAUGAAGCAGGAACCGCCCCUCGAUGCUAAGUGCCGCGACAAGUUCCUCGUCCAGUCCGUCAUCAUCACCGCCGACAAGGAGUUCACAAAUGUGUCGCAGAUUUGGGACUCUGUAGAAAAGUCGGCAAUCCAGGAAAAGAAGAUCCGGGUGUCUUGGCUGUCGCCAUCCCACGGUUUACAGUCCCUCGCUACUCCUGUCCGACGGGCAGGUGCCAAUGGGUACGACGCCACCCCCGACACCGCACCCCCGACAUACUCCUCCCCCACGGGCGAUGACACGACCAUCGCCGACGAAACCGCCCUGCCCUCGCAGCCUGAGCCAAAGGAAGCCCGACAACAACAGCAGCAGCAGCAAUCACCAGAGCCGAACCAAGAGACCCACCAGCAGCAGACCGUCUUCUCCGCCGCUGGCGCCACGGCGGCGGCAGCAGGAGCGGCAGCGACCGUAAAAUCCGCGGCGGUCGAAACCUACGAGGAGCUCAAGGACCGGCUGGCCAAGGCCGAGGCGACCAUCGCGUCGCUCAAGAACGAGGCGGCGAGCGGCCUGCGGCAGCGCAAGCCAGCUCCGUCCGAGUCAGAGGGCAAGACCAGCACGGCGGCGACGACGGGGACUGGAGCGCAGCUGGCACAGGCCGAGAGGCCGACAGUGCAGGGUACCGAGGGCGUGCCGGUGCAGAUUGUGGCGCUGCUUUGCUUGGCGAGCUUUUUGUUGGCGUAUUUCUUGUUUUGA